AUGGAGGAGCUGUGCAGUGUGAGUGGUCUGGAUCCGUUCUGGGACUGGAACCUGACCUGGUACACCUCCAAACCAGACCUGACCCAGUGUUUUCAGCACACGGCUCUGGUGUGGUUCCCCUGCGUUUACCUGUGGACCUGUUCUCCUCUUUACCUGCUCUACCUGCAGCUACGCCCGUACCGAGGCGUCAUCCCACUGUCCAAACUCUGCUGCAGCAAGACGCUCCUUGGUUUCAGCUUGGCCUCCUUUGGUCCCCUGGAGAUGUUUUACUUUUUCGUGAAGAAGAACGACGAGAUCCAGAACCACCUGCUGAUCCUGCUGGGUCCAAUGAUUCGGAGCCUCACUCUGGUUCUGGCUGUUGUUAUAAUCCAGGUCGAGAGGAUGAAGGGCUGUCGUUCCUCGGUCAUCCUCUUCCUCUUCUGGACACUUCUGGUUCUUUGCUCCAUCGUUCCUCUGAAGGUCAACAUCGAGCAGAUUAUUGAUCAGGGGUUUUCAUCAGAUGCUUUUCGUUUCACCGCGUUCUUCAUCUGUUUUUUCAUCCAACUCAUCGAACUCGUUCUCUGCUGCUUCUCAGAUCGACGGACACAUCUGGAAGCACACACUCACGUCCAGAACCAAUGUCCAGAGGCAGACGCCUCGUUUCUUUCAAAGUUUUUCUUCUUCUGGUUCAGCAGUUUGGUGGUCCAGGGUUACCAGCGCCCCCUGCAGGCUGCAGAUCUGUGGCCACUGCGAGAACAGGACUCAUCGAUGCGGAUCAUGACAGACUUGGAGAAGUUCUGGACUCAGAACAGGAAACAGAUGCAGGAGGAGCCUGGAGCUUCUGGACCAUUCUGGUCCCGGUUGAUUGGUUUUGCUGGACCGACUGAAAAAACUCACCUGUUGAAGGAGAAGAGGAAGGGGCGGGGCUACAGCCUCUUCCUUAUACGUGCUCUGGGGCGGAGCUUUGGGCCUUACUUCCUGCAGGGUACACUGUGUCUCCUCCUCCACGACGCCUUCAUGUUCGCCGUGCCACAGGUGCUCAGUUGUCUGCUGGUCUUCAUGCGGGACAAAGAGGCGGAGACUUGGAAAGGUUUCCUGUUUGCGUCGCUUCUCUUCCUGUUGUCGUGUCUUCAGUCCGUCCUCAAUCAUCAGUACAUGAUUCACUGCUUCACCGUCGGAAUGAGACUGAAAACGAGUGUGAUCGCACUCAUCUACAAGAAGAGUCUGGUGAUGAGCAGCGCUGCACGGCGACAAGUCACUUUGGGGGAAAUUAUUAAUCUGGUUUCAGCCGAUGCUCAGAAGCUGAUGGACGUUGUUGUUUAUUUCAACAGUGUUUGGAUCGCACCCAUCGAAAUCUCACUGUGCUUCUACUUCCUGUGGCAGCUGCUCGGUCCUCCGGCUCUCGCUGGGAUCACGGCCGUCAUCCUGAUUUUUCCUCUUAACGGAGUUUUGGCUAAAAUGAGAAGCAAACUUCAGGAGGUUCAGAUGAAGUUCAUGGACGGUCGGAUCAAGCUGAUGAGCGAGAUCCUGAGCGGCAUCAAGAUCCUCAAGUUCUAUUCGUGGGAGGAAGCGUUCCUGCGACGCGUCGGCGUCCUGAGAGACGGAGAACUCAACGCCCUGAAGAAAUCUCAGAUCCUCUACUCCGUCUCUCUGGCCUCAUUCAACUCCUCCUCCUUCCUGGUGAGUCGCUCUGUAUUCGGCGUCUACGUUUUGUUCGAUGAGCGAAACGUUCUUGAUGCUCAGAAGAUCUUUGUUUCCGUCGCUCUCAUCAACAUCCUGAAAACUCCUCUGAGUCAACUUCCCUUCGCCAUGAACACGACCAUGCAGGCCGUCAUCUCGCUCCGACGUCUGACAGACUUCCUGUGUCUAGAUGAACUUCGACCUGACGACGUGGAAAGACUUCAUCACAGCAAAGACGGUGACGCUGUCGUGAUCGAGGGCGGCUUCUUCUCCUGGUCCCCUGAGGAUUCUCCAUGUCUGCAGAGGAUCCAUGUGAAGGUGAAGACGGGUUCUCUCGUCGCUGUGGUCGGUCACGUCGGCUCAGGGAAGUCGUCUCUUCUGUCGGCCAUGUUGGGAGAGAUGGAGAGGAGGCGUGGCUUUGUCUCCAUCAAGGGCUCGGUGGGUUAUGUCCCUCAGCAGUCUUGGGUCCAGAAUGCAUCAGUGAAGGAAAACAUUUUGUUUGGUGGAGAGAGGAAGGAGAGCUGGUAUCAUCGUGUGCUGGACGCCUGCGCUCUGCUGCCGGACCUCGACCUGCUUCCUGCCGGAGACGCCACCGAGAUCGGAGAGAAGGGUUUGAACCUGUCUGGAGGUCAGAAGCAGAGGGUGAGUCUGGCUCGAGCCGUCUACAGGAGGUCCGAUGUUUACUUGUUGGACGACCCACUGUCGGCCGUUGACGCUCAUGUGGGACAACACAUCUUUGAUCGAGUUAUUGGACCCAGAGGGAUUCUUAAAGACAAGACUCGAGUUCUGGUGACUCACGGCCUCGGUUUCCUGUCGAAAGCCGACCUGGUCCUGGUGAUGGACGACGGUCGGAUCUCUGAGUCGGGCUCCUACACGGAGCUGAUGGACAGAAAAGGAACCUUCGCCAAAUUAAUCCAAACCUUCAGUGGAAAACACAGUCGAGAAAGAACCACACUCCAAGACAAGAGCAGAAGGAAGUCAGUGUCUCGUCUCAGUCAGAUUGAUUUUUCCAUCGAUCUUUCUCAGGAGCAGCUGAUCAG